AUGAUAUAAAGUUUGAGUAAUUUGAUUCCUAAUGGUUUGGUAAAGAAAUAUUCUUUCAGACCCCCUAAUCCAGCACAAUAUGUAUUUGAAUAUAGGGAUGGGAAAUAUUAAUUUUAUCCAAUAAUAAAAGGAGUAAAGAAACAAAUUUUCAGUUAUUAUUUACGCAUAGAUUCGUACAUACUAAAGAAUGAUAAACUAUAUGUUCCUCUCAUUCAUUUAUCAGGGUAUGUGUUGAUGGAAACAUAGUUAAAAUACGAAAAUUGAAGCAUCAUCAUCAAAGGAAUGCUCAUUUAAUUCAAAAUCCUUUUAGGAUGAAACAGAGAAGUUAACAUAAAGGAGAAGAAUGUUAAUAAUAUUUUCUCAUGCAAAUGCAAGUGAUUUGGGCGAUGUUUAUUCUUUUGGUGAAAGAAUAAGUAUAGAAUAUGGAGUAGAUUUUAUUGCCUAUGAUUAUACAGGUUAUGGAAUAGGAUUUGGAUAGUUUAAGAUAAGUGAAUAGCAAACUUAUGAGGAUUUAUAAAGUGUAUUAUCAUUUGCAAUAAAUCGAUUAAAUUACUCUCUCAAUUAAAUCAUAUUAUGGGGAUUUUCAAUAGGUUCAGGACCAGCAACUGAAAUAGCUACUCGUUUUGGAGGAUUGGCAGGUUUAAUAUUAUAGGCACCUAUUGCUUCAAUAUAUAAUUGGUUUGGAGAUGGAGAUUAUGGAGAAUAAGAUAUAUAUGUUAAUUAUAAGAAAAUAUAAUAUGUUCGUAGUAAUAUAUUGAUUAUUCAUGGUGAUGCUGAUAACAUUGUUGGUCAUUAACAUAGUGAAAAACUGUACAAUAAAUAUUUAUAAUAUAAUGGAAUAGGUAAGAUUUAAUUGACAUUUGUAAAGGAUGCUGGACAUAAUGAUUUAUAGUUUCAUAUUGAGAGAGGAUUAGAUCAAUUGGGAGUUUAAAUUUAAAAUUUCUUUAAAUAAAAAGGAGGAGCAUUUAGUGAAAAAGAAAAUACAUUAUUAAACCUUUGUUAUAUUAAAGAGCAUAUUCCUGGAUAGCAUAUUUAUCAAUGUAAUUCUUUGAGAAAGUUUUCAAGUUAAGAAGAAAUUUAGAAAAACAAUAGGAAAGCUUUAUUUUCUUUAUGUACUUGUGAGUGA